UAAAACUGUAGUGCAGAAACAAAACGACGGCGUUUUCGUACUUUAGAGAGAACUUUAAUUUAAUAAUAAAAAUAAACCCUACAAGGAUCUUCACCCUUACGCAUCAAACAAAAGUUGCAGACUAAACGGCAAAAUUCAUCUCCGUAAAAACUGAGCUGCGGCGAGAACUUUGGAGCUCCGGAUAAUUAAAUAGGCGAGAAAAAUAAAAAAACAUGGCUUAUUCAGCGAUGAAGCCCGGGAAGGCCGGUUUAGAAGAAUCACUGGAGCAAAUCCAUAAGAUCAGAAUCACUCUCUCUUCAAAGAAUGUGAAGAACCUCGAGAAAGGAACCAAUACUUGGGACAGAUUUGAACUCAGGGUUCACAAACGGGUGAUAGAUCUCUUCAGCUCGCCUGAGGUGGUUAAGCAAAUCACUUCUAUCACCAUUGAACCCGGUGUUGAGGUUGAGGUCACUAUUGCUGACUCUUAGACAAAACUCUUGUUUAUGUUUACAAAACCGCUUCAAAAAAGAAUGUAACUUUCUGUCUUUUUUUGGUCUUACAUCUUUUUGUUUCUGGUUAGUGCAACCUUAGAUUCUUUGGUUUUCUAUAGUUUUGAGAUGGGUUUUGUUCAUCCUCUUUUUUCUCUCAUCCAUUAAGAGACCUUAAUGAACAAUUUCACGAUCUUGAUUUCAUAUAUAAUCUCAGUUUCUGACACUAAA